AUGCGGUCGUUGCGUGGGCUUGCAGAGUCAUGGGAGUCGACAGAUACCAUCCGUGCUCGUGUGCGGGCGAGUGGAUCCAUCUUCCAGAGGGCCGAUGGGCUUCCGCAUGCAAACGUGAAGCAGUGCGGUGUCUACUCUGAUGUUAUGAAGCCGUUGGUAAAGAUCGUUGUUGGUUGGUGGGCACAGCUCGUGAAGAAGCGGCCAAUCUUCACGGUUUUCCAAGCAGAGCUCUCAAAGUUCUACCGCUUGUGCAAGGUGCACGUGGAUAUGAGGCAGGUCAAAGCGGAGGCUUGGCUUUGCAAGAAGUAUAUGGUCCUCCUCAAGCGGAAGAAGCAGCGAAAGCAAGCUGGCCAGUCUGAAUCUGGUGGAGAAGAUGAGGAUGACCAUGACAGCCAUCAUCAUUCUGAUGCUGGCGAUGAUGAUGAUGGCGGUGAUGGACCCGAGAAUAGGCACGCUGACUCGGCAGGUAGGGCAUUAAAAUUUCAUGCACAUUCAGUGAGCUCAGUGGAUGAAGAUUCAUCCUUGCGAGACAGUGACGUGGAGCUGUUGACCAGUGACGAUGAAGACCAGUCGGCCGAUGUGGUGCUGGAUGAUUCCGCUGCUGUGGAAACAUGUGUGGUUUCCCUCGGUUCGGAGCGAUCACAGGCUUCAAUUGUUGAGCACCUACAGGCUUCGUCUGAAGAGGCAAUGGCUUCAAAGCCGUCUCGGGCUUCAAAGCCGUCGGAAGCUUCAGAGCCGUCGGAAGCUUCAGAGCCGUCUCGGGCUUCAGAGCCGUCUGCGCCAAGCAAGGGAAAGCUAAGGCGUUCAGGUCCUCCCCAGAAAGCACAUGAGUUCCAUGGUGCAGUUUUCGAUGUGGAUGCUUUGGAUGCAACAACCUGCCAAAAAUGUGGCGAUGCUGCGAUGGCGGCCGUCUCUCCCGAUGAUGUUGACACCCAGCCCGCGGAUGUGGAGGAUUUGGAGUCAGUUACCCGCCGCCAGCAGCUCGGGGUGCGGGCGGGUGGAGCUCUGGAAAAGGCUGUGGGUGAGGACGGUGAGGAUGCUGAGAAAGCCAAGCCCAAGAAUCUCAAGAAGCCUAAAGGCAUGAAGCGCCCAGAGGAUGAGUUGCCAGCUCCUACUGAGGUCAAGCCGGGCUCCUUACGGGAUCAGGAGGAUGAGGUGCCAGCUCCUACUGAGGUCAAGCUGGGCUCCCCGAACGAUCAGGAGGAUGAAAUGCCAGCUCCGAUCUCCUCGCACGAUCAGGAUGAGGUGCCAGCUCCGAUGGUGGCCACCAAGCCAAAAGCGAAAGCCAAAUCCAAGGCGAAAGCCAAGGCUGGCUCGAAGGCGAAAGCAAAGGCUAGCUCGAUGGUGAAGGCCGGCAAGGUGGCUGAGGAGGCCGAGGGCGAGAGUGAUGGUGAGCAAGCUGCAUCGGAUGAUGACUUUGACAAGGCCGCGGUGCUUUUCGACCCAAACCCUCUACAUGCAGCAUUCUACAAAGGACCGGAAGAUGUGCCUUUCCCCCCCUCUUCGGCCGAAGAGGAUUCCGAGCCUGAGGCUGUGCCAGAGGCCACAGGCAAAGGCCGUGGUCGUGGCCGGGGCGGCCGUGGCAGAGGCCGAGGCAAGGCUGGUGGUGUCAAGGACGUGGCGGCGCCGGACGCUGCGCCGAAGCGUGGCAAGGGUGGCAAGGGAAAGCGGAUUGCGCAUGCUGAGGGGGAGAGAGUGACGUUUGCGAAAAGGCCAAUGCCCCAGACUCAGUCGAGCAUGAAUCUGAAAAGGUUCCUUGGCAUUCGUGAUGCAUUCAACGACAUCAUUCGCCCUCGAGUAUCGGAGGCACCAUCGAAACAGGAG